AUGUGUUAUUCUUUAGUCUUCGCAUGUACUCGGUUGGAGCACUACAUUUUGCCAAGAGAAACUGAGGUGGUUUCCAAAGUGGAUCUGAUCAGAUUAAUUCUGCACAGACCAACCAUGCAGGGAAGGUUAAUGAAAUGGACAAUCAGACUGGCUCCCUUUGAGUUGCGACAUCGGCCUAUCAAGGCAGUAAAAGGCCAAGUAAUGGCCGAUUUGCUGACUGAAUUUACGAACAACAAACCAGUGGUAAACAAAAUGGUGCUGUAUAUAGGCACUAGCCCUUGGAAAAUGUUUUUUGAUGGUUCUCGUUCAAAAGGGAAGUCGAGAGUAGGAGUUAUAUUAGAAGGACCUAGAACCCACAAGAUAAGUUUGCAGCUUCAAAUGGAGGAGAUGACUCAUAACUCUGCCGAAUAUGAAGCACUGAUUUUGGGUCUGGAGGCACUUAUCGCUAAAGGAGCGCAGUCCGUUGUAAUUUGUGGAGAUUCUCAAUUGGUCAUCAAUCAACAAAGUAUCGGUAGUGUCGAUACUGUUACUGAUUGGAGAACAGAAAUUAUGAUUUAUCUGGAAUCACCAAGUUCCACGACUCCUGUGGGUGUUCGAUUGAGAGCAUUAUACUUUCAACUCAUUGAAGGGGUUCUAUACAAGAGAACCUUCGAAGGAAUAUUAUUGAGGUGUUUGGGGCCAGAAGAAUCCAUCAAAGUGAUGGAAGAAGUUCAUUGUGGAAUUUGUGGAGCACACCGAGCAGGAUUACACAUGCGGUGGGCUAUUCAUCGUAUGGGAUUCUAUUGGCCAAGGAUAUUUGAUGAUUGUAUCAGAUUUGCUAAAGGGUGUCAAGAAUGCCAGCGGCAUGGUCCAUUAAAUCAUCUGCCGAUAGUAAAACUCCAUGCGAUGGUUAAGCCGUGGCCAUUCAAGGCCUGGGCGUUGGAUGUAAUAGGGAAAAUUCAUCCGGCAUCAUCAAAGCAGCAUUCAUUCAUCUUGGUAGCAACUGAUUACUUCACCAAGUGGGUAGAGGCAGUCCCUUUGAAGAAUGCGACGCAGAAAGAGGUGAUUGAGUUCAUACUUAAUCAUAUUAUCUGCCGGUUUGGGAUUCCCCACACCCUUACAACAGAUCAGGGUUUGAUGUUUAUCGGGGAAAAAUUUAUUGAGUUUUUGGCCGAGUUCAACAUCAAAUUGUAUUAUUCUUCACCUUAUUAUCCACAAGCUAAUGGGUUGGCCGAAGCAGCAAAUAAAAUCGUCAUCGGCAUCAUCCGAAAAUGGUAG